AACACUCGAACUUGACAGUAGAUUAGAUUUUAAAAAUGAGGAAAACGGAAAAUACACAGAGUUUUUCUUAAUAUUAUAUUUUUAAUUACAUUUACACUGUAUUCGUUGAUUAUUAGUUUAGAAGCGAUUUGUCAUUAGUUGUUUUAACAGUUAAUAUAAGCAACUGCCCAGGAUGAUAAUGUGAAAUGAUGAAUUAAAACAAAAUGAGAUCUGUUAGACACUGAAUAUAUUUUUCUUAUAAUUAAUUGUUAAAUUAAUAUUUUAAACAACAUGGAUAAGAUUAGAAUUUUAUUUGUUUGCCCACAAAAUUUUGCAGACGAGAAUGAAAGCUCUGAAGUAAUGCUACAAGCCUUUGAGGUUUGCAAACAAAAUGUCAACACAAAUGUCAGCUGGAUAAAGGAAUCAAAAUUUAAAUCUUUGACUUUAAACAAAACCGAUUUUGUGGUUUUUGAAAAGUUUGAAGGGCCUCUAUUUGAAGAACUGCGGGAUACGAGAAGCACUAGGAUUGUUGGACCAUGGGCUGUUUCCAUCUGCCUAACGGAAGGAAAGGCAAUACCCAACUAUGAAUGGCCUAUGUAUAACGUUGCAAUGUAUAAUUGUAUAGUUACUUGUUCACAUUUGACUAAAAACCAUAAAAUGGAGGUUAGGAAUAAAGUUGAAUUAAUGGGAGGUUGUUAUGUGGAUAAUCUGGUGGAGAAAAAUACUCAUUUGGUCACUGGAAGUGCUAAAUCUGAAAAAUAUUUGAUUGCUGCCGAAACUGGCUUAAAACUGAUGUGUCCAACUUGGAUAGAUGAUGUUUGGGCUGCUAGUCAAACCGCUAACGUCCACGCUGACGAUGAAGAUUUUCAAAAACAUAAAUGCCUACCAUUUCAUAAUCUCACAAUAAGUUCGACCGGGAUUACGAAUUUAGCGGAGAAACAUAAAAUUGAGAAACUGGUCAGUGAAAAUGGAGGAAACUUUAGCGGAAAACUUACUUUAGCAACGACAGACAUAUUAGUAUGUUCUGGAGAUGUUGUGAAGAGUGAAAAGUACAAAGCUGCCCGUCAGUGUGCACAUAUCAAAUGCGUCAACGUCAACUGGGUUACAGACAGUGUGGUCAAAGGUUAUGCUCUUCCUCAUGAUUUAUAUAAAGUUCAGAAAAUGACUUCGACACCUACCAAAAGAGAUAAAUACGUCAAUCCUGAAUUUUCAGUAUUGAGUGCUAUUGGAGGAUUUAAUACCUCUUCGAGAACUCAUAUCGAAGAAACACUUAGUAUGACAUCAUUAGAUGGAGAAAGAGUUUCAAACAAUAAAAGAAAAGCUAAAGAUAAUUUCGACGAGUUAAUUGAAAGCUUAGAUAUUAAAAAAGCCAAAAAAUCAGGAGAGUAUUUAGAUGGAUGUUCGGUUUAUUUAACUGGUUUCGGUUCUGAGCACAUUGACAAACUCAACAAAAUUAUAAAUUUGAGCGGUGCCACUCGAUAUGACACUUUUUCAGACAGAGUGACUCAUGUCAUAGUUGGUGAUAGUAACUCCCAUGAAGUUGCUAUCAUUAAGAAUAAAAAUUCGUCAGCUGUACUGGUAUCUCUGCAAUGGUUAAUAGAUAGUAUGGAGCAAAAACAACCUGUUAAUGAAGACAAAUAUUUAGUUGUAACUGUAGACGUAGAUGGGAAUUUGGGAUCACCACUUAGUAAGAAAGGAUUAAGUUUACUCAGAUCAAAUAGAACAGUUACUGAAAAAGAAAUAGAAAUGAAUAAUAUGAACGAAGAAGAAAUGGAUAAUGACUUUACUCCACAAAAUAUGGCACCACCAAAUGAAUCUGAUACUUUGGGUAGAUUAUUAGACGGAAUUGAUAACACAAAUUUAAUUAAGGAAGUUCACGAACCCCCCAAGUCUACACCACAGUUUCAACCAACGGAAAUGUCUACCCAACAGUCUUCAAUGUCAGUUACUCAAGACGCUGAGACUGAAGUUAGCCGAAUUUUUGAGCAUUUAAAAUUCUUAAUUGUUGGUUUUGACGAUGAGGAAUUUGCUGAACUAAAAAAAUCAAUAACAGAUCUGGGAGGUGAUGUGGUAUCCAAAUCAUAUAAAGGAAUACCAGACUACGCUGUCGUCCCAAUAUUUAACAAAAAUGAACUACACCAUACUGCCUCCGAAAUAGUAAAUGAUCUUUUUAUUGGCGAAUGCAUUCGAGAAGAAGAACUUUUAUUGAGCAUUGCUUAUUACCAUCGGCCGUUCGAUAUACCAGAUACCAAACCGGUAGAAAACUGUGUAAUAACGAUUAGCAGUUAUUCGGGAACCGAAAGAGUUUUUUUACGAAACCUCAUAGAAGCUUUAGGAGGAUUAGCCCAAGAACAGUUUUCUAGAGUGCGAUCGGAAAGCAAAGGCCUUUUUCCUUCUACGCAUUUGGUAAGUUUCGAGGCGAGCGGAAAAAAAUAUGAAGCUGCUUUAAAAUGGGGUUUACCCGUAAUAAGCAAAGAUUGGUUAUUGGAAUGUGCAAAAACCGGAAAGAAAGUGUACGAAGGUGAUUUUCUACUUGGACAAUCUGCAGCACCCGAUAGAAGAGAAGAAUAUGUAGAAAAUACUCCACAAAAAAAUAAAGUUCCCAGUGAAACGGCAAAAGUAUAUUUAACCCCUUCAGAUUUAGCAGGUUCCAGCAAGUCGUCGAAAGUAUUAACGCCAGUUAACAAUGUAACACCUUAUCACAAGAAAUUUUUAAAUAGUGCAGAGAAAUUUAGCCAAGUCACGCCAGUGAAUAAAAUCAUGAAACAAUUUAGGGAGAGCAACUUAAACUUCAGUCAAAACAAUAAAGAAACAAAAGAGUACAGCAUACCGCAACCUUGGGCGUUUGUAAAGACACCUGAAACACCGCUCGGUGCGUUUUUAAAACCGGAUCCGUCACCCAAUUUGAAAAAGCAGUUUGAAUAUUGGCUGGGACAAUUUCCUGAUAAGCCGUCUCCAAAAAGUAAUAAAAGCACGCCUCUCUCUGAAAUAAAGCGGCAGUUAGCUGAAAAGGUUGCCAAAAUUGGAGCCUAUAAGCUGAAUUUCGACGAAACGGGGGGAAACCUUCCGGAUCAACUAUUACAACAACAACAACAACUGGAUACUACUUGUACGAAUCCUGAGGUGACGUCAAGUGAGGGAGAUGUAACGCCGGAAAACCAACAGUUAGCAAGCAGAAUCAAACAAUUAGAAGACAUGCUUAGUGCCAGUGGGUCUGCUAGAAGACAAAGUACGAACUUCCAGGCUCUGAUCCCAGGUCCAGCUGGCACGUCAGAAUUCAAGGAUUCACAACCCUGCACGGUAGGAUGGGAUUUUAGGUCGCAAGAGGUGAGUUUUACAACGGGCUUUGAUACUAUUAUAAUGUUAUGUUAUUUUGUAAUAAUACUUGUGUCUCGUAUUUCAGCAUCAGCAAGCUAAAAAUCAAAUGAAAGUAUUUUCGCUUUCUGGAAUUGCAGACGACACAGAGAGGGCCAAGAUGGUAACGGAGCUGGAGCAAUUAGGAGCCACGGUAUCUAAUUUAGCCAAUUAUGAUCCGUCUUGUACACAUCUCUUAUGUCCAAAACCUGCUAGAAAUGAAAAGUCUUUAUCUUGUAUGGCUGCUGGAAAGUGGAUCUUACAUAUUUCGUACCUACAGAAGUCGAUAGAGGUCGGACAUUUUCUGAACGAAGAAGAAUAUGAAUUUGGCAAUCCCAAAUCCGUAGGAAAAUUCAAUAUUUCACACGAUAGAGAAACGGAAACACGAACACAACAAAUGCAUUGGUGGAGAAAAGAGGUCGGCAGAAGAGGAUAUGGAGUUUUUAAUGAUAUGAGAGCGAUUGUCGUAGCAAAUAAAAGGGAACCUAUCAUUCGAGUAAUAGAAGCUGGAGGAGGAGUUGUAAUCAAUCUGAAACCGCCAUUCGAGGAUACAGUUCAUGCAACACAUUGUUUAUUGGAGCAGAAAAGCGUAGAAAAAUUCACUGAUUAUAUUCCGUUGGCUAAACAGGGAAUUUAUCUUGUUAAUACAGUGUACAUUAGUGACCAUUUACAUAAUCCAAAUAAGGAUAUAAGAGACUGCAUUUUACCAUAUUUUUCAAAAUACUAUGGAAGAAAUUGAGUAAAGACUAAAAUUGUGAUUUGUACAACUAAUUAUUUUUAUAUU